AUGGCGUUGCCUGAAGAAGAAGUGCAAAUGAUUAUCAAGCAGGUGCUUGACGAGGUUGUCGGGGUGAACAGCGAGUACACCCAUAAGGAUAGCGUCCAGUGGAAUCAGAAGACCGUUGAAGGAAUCGCAAAGAAAUUGGUUGCGGCUGGAAAGCCAUAUAAGUAUAUUGUAACCUCCUCAUUCCUUCAAGUCUCCAGUGGAUCUGGCCUCAAUGUGAGCACAAUUUCGUACUGGAACAAGCUUACCGACACCUCAUACAUGUACAGAUGGGAGACGAAAACGAUGCUUGCCAUUGUAUACGUAUUCGCUGUGGCGAUUUAA